CUUCUGCAAAUUACAAGCAAUUUUUUAGUCAAGAGGCAUUUUUCUGCAGAUUUAUCAUUGUUCUUUUUGAACAACUGUUGGUAAAGAUUUGUAUUCAAAGCAACCAAUGCCAAAUUUGCUAGAAGUUGAAGUAAAGAACGUCACAAAAUGAAUCACUUAAGAGGAAAUUUUGGACAAGGGCUUCUUGGAAAUUCUCCAGCUUCUUCAAACUUCUCUAUCCAUGAUCAGAACAGAUUCCUAGGGGGAGAUGGCUCUUUUCUUGGUAACCAGGAAAGUUACAUUGGAGAUGGAGGAGGAUAUGCCAGGGAUUUGGGAGACAGUGGAGGAAGAAUGGGAGAUGGAAAUAGUGGGGGUUAUUUUGGUGAUACAGACUUGAGAGGGAAUUCUUUUAGAGAACAGAUUAAUGGCAGUAGUCGAUAUGGGGAUGGUGGCAUGAACUUAAAUCGAGGAAACAGAAGAUUAAGUGGAGACCAUGAUUACAGGAAUGAGGAAGACUUUUUCUCAGGGAGAAACUCCAUGCAGGGAGGGAGACAGGAUAGAUUGUCAGGGGGAGGCAGCUUUGGUGAAGACAGGGGCAGGGGAGUUACACAAGAUCAAUUGAACAGAUUAGGAAUAGGAGGAUUAGGACAAAGUGUUAGGACUAAAACUCAAGGCAUUCUAGGAUCAGGACCAAUUGUAGGAGGUGAUACUGAUCUUCGAGUUCAAGGUGGAUUUGGUGGGAUUGGGAGCCAGGCCAGAGGUGGGAAUGUGCAAGGUGUUGGAAAUCUUGGCUUUAGUCCCCCAAAUAUGGGAGGUCAAGGUAUGCAGCAACAGAGUGGUGGACUUGGACUUCCCUUGGCUGGCAUGGAAACCAACUUGCUGAAUCUACAGAUACAACAGAAACAGCAGGAGGCUGUACUGAGAGAUACACAGCUACAGAUGGUGAACAAUCUACUGCUACAACAACAAAAUAAAAGAGGAAAUCAAUUGAAUCCUGGAUUUGGAGGACCAAGCCUUUUUGGAACCCCCCAGAAUUUACCAUCAGGAUUGAUGGGAAGUCCUGGUGGUAAACCAAGAAGCACAGGUCACAUUCCUUCACUGCUGGACAUCAAUACAAAGAAACCACAGGGAAAGAGAGGGUUCUCAGGACAGAGGGACCAGGGAGGGUUCAAAAAACAAAGAAUGACACCACAGAAGCGAACUCCAGACAGAAGACAUGACAACAGUUCAAAUCGAGGUCCACGGAGACGUUCUCAGGAGAGGGAGCGUUCCUCUGAGAGUACAGACUCUCGCUCUACUCCUCGCAGGAAGGAGUCAGGUAUUUUCAUGCUUGCAGAUAGAUUUAUCUGCCACACUGCUCUCUCUUUUAUUCCCAUGGUAAUGAGUAGGGGUGAUUCAGAUCUGAAUUUCUGGAGUGUUUGUAGUCUGCCAGCAUUUGCACUCAUCAGUAAAAUAAUUCUUUCUUUCUCUCUUUACAUUUACAUUCUUUCUCUUCCUCUGUGUCAUUUGGCCUAUUUGGGAGCAUAUGGAGCUCCGGGAAUCCUUGGAAAAUGUCCAACCACACCAGGGGUAAAACCACUAAACAGCAGUGUGACUAAACUUCAAAGCACAUCAGAGGCUAAACAACUUAGUACAAAAUCAGCUACUUCACAAAAUACUGCAGAGCCACAAGUCUCACCAGUAGUAAAGCUAAAACAAACUGACCUGGCAGAGAAAUAUGACCCUGAAGAACCAACUGAAGAUGAGAUCAUGGAUUUUGAGGAAGAUAAAGAGACAAUCACAGUUUUGGACUUAACUGAGGAGAUAGAGGAGCAGCCACUCCCAGCAGAGUCUGAGGACAUUGAGGAUGUCACUAUUGUAACUGUGGAGAAAGAUCAGGAGGAACAAGAGGAGAAACCUAAAGAGAAAAGUAACUCAAACAAGAAGUUAACCAAUUACUACUGCCAUGUCUGCAGCACGGAGUGUCGAGAUGCAGAGGGAUUUGCCAAACAUAUGAAUGGCAUAAAACACAAAAAUCGUAUGGACGCCAUGAUGGGUCUUCACUUAGAAAAGUCAAAUCAGCUGAUUUCUCGUAUCAAGGCUGAGGAGCACCUUAGAAAGAUUGAGUCUUCUCCAAGAGGGGAAGAAAGAAAAAGUGAUGGUGAACGAAGACGCUCAAGAGAAGGACAUGAUAAACAUCGUCCAUUCUCUGGACCUUUACGUCGAAGAGGUGCAUUUCUUCAGAGUGAUAAUCGCAGUAAGAGAGACAGACAUAGGUCCUCGGACCAGGAAUUCUUCCCAGACAUUGGGGACCUGGUUACCUUGGAUACUGUGGGAUUUGAGGAUGAAAGUAUGGACAAAGAAAUAACGGAGACCAAAUCACCUGAAAAGACCAAGACUUCAGAGAAGUCUAUUGAUGAUUCUGAAAGGAAGGAGAUGGAAAGCUCAAUUAACAAAGCAGAAGAUCUCGCAGUGAAUCAGGAAGUUCUGAGCAACAAGAAAUCAGAUACUCAUAUGACGUCCUCUGAGAGCAAAAGAAGUUCACAAUCUGUUUCAAAGGCAACAAAAUUAGACGAAGACAAACCCACCAAAAAAGAAGAACCAACCAAAGAAAUCAACAGCAAGACUCAGAAAAAGCCAUCUUCCACUCCAGCCAGGAAAGCAACUGAUGUAGAGAAGAAAGCAACAGAGGAAAUGGAAGACAUAACUUCAAAACAAGAACCUUUCAAAGGUCCAGCUGGCAAAACAGCAGAUGAAAAGGAAAAAGAAAACCAAGGCAUGGAAUUCAAAAUUCCAAAAAAAUCCCUCACAAGUCCAGCUAGCAAAACUGCAGAUGCAAAGGAAAAAGUAUCCGUAGGCAUGGAAUUCAAAAUUCCAAAAAAAUCCUCUGCAAGUUCAGCCAGGAAGACAGCAGAUGUAGAGCAACAAUCAACAGAAGCUAUAGGAGACAAGCCUCCAAUCUCUGAUAACCUUACGACCAAGCAGAAGAAGGAUGCCUCUGUCAAAAAAGACAUGGGUACAGCAGGUGCCCCUGCAAGUUCACCAGUUAAAGAAAUUAAGGAAGUAUCCCAUCAGACCUCCGAGAAAACUCCCUCUCUACAGAUCAUGACAGAUCCCCCUGUGACAGACAACAAAGAGCCAGAGAUUCCUCCAUACAGUUCUGAUGUUCCUGUUGGUCAAAAUUAUAUAGUUGCUGUAACUGGAUUUUACUGCAAGCUUUGUAGUAAAUUUUACAACAAUGAAAAAGCAGCUAAGGAGGCCCAUUGUCAAACCAGGGCCCACUAUGAUAAAUACAAGAGUGCCAUGAUGGGAGUGAAGACACCUGUGGGUGGAGUUACCAAAAGUGCAGAAAAAGGUGAAGACCAGCCAGCUGCUUCAUCGGAUGUGAAGGAUGAAACCAAAUCAACCAUGGAGAGUCCCCAGACUGACCAGGAGGGAAGUACAAGAGGAAGAGCUGGAUCCUCUGCCAACAGAGGUCAUAGAGGUCGCAGGGGCAGGAAGUGAUGUCAUCGGUUCACUUGCCAUAUCUUGUCAACAGUACAAUUCAGUGUAGCAUCCUGUUUGUAGACCAGUAUCAGAUUUUGCACUGUUCUUUGAUGGAAUGCAGUUCUUUCAUGAGAAUGUACUUGUACAUGUUUAUAUAUGCUGGCUUUCUUAAGAUAGAGUCAUGGUUAAUAAAAUGACUUUGAAGUCCUAAAUAGUAUAAAUUAUGGUGAUAUUUAGUCAAACUUUUUUAAAAAAAAAAGUGUAUCAAUGGAUGUUAAAAAAAAAUUAUAUUUGUUCAUUUCACUGAAUUAGAAAGAUGAUGUAGGUGUUUUUUUUAACAGCAGUGAAUUUAUAGUAUUAUUUAUGUAUAUAAAUAUUUUGUACAUGUAUUUUGUAUAAUGGCAGCAUUUUUUUUUUUUAUAAAUGAAAACUGGAAUUCUUCUGCUUUCUGUUAAUGGUUUCAUUGUAUAUAC